AAAAUAAAGUUCAACUUAAAACCACAGAGCUCGAAAACACAACCUUGUAUAUUGUGAUCUUAACUUCAAAUAAUCACUUAUUAAUUUUCAGAAUGAGCCGAUCUUUUUCAUUUAUCUCCUUGGCUCUCAUCUUCUACCUCUUCCUUCAUCACCACCUUCUCGUAGCUUCUCAAUUCGAAGGAUUCGAUGCUGAAGACGACGAUGUCUCCGACGAUUCCUCUCACCUUCACCACUCUCUCCCUCCUCCUCUUAUCACUCAGUCUCACUCAUCACUCCCCGAUCUGGAACCCGAACCGGAACCCGAACCGGAACCCGAUCUCAUCCCUGAAUCAGACACCGAGCCUCAGUCCACGCCAUUUGAAUACUGGGAUGAAGACGAGUUUGAAGGACUACCGACGGAGGUAGAGACACUUGAAUCGCCAUUGAUUACAGAAAACAUCACUACUCAUGCUGAUUCGAAGACGUUAGAUCUCAACACUUCUUCGGAAGCUCAAGACGAUGCUACUAGUACUACUGAUCCGUUGAUGAAGAAGAAGACCAAGUCGUACGCGGUGGAGAUCGCUUGCGUUUGUUUCCUAAUCGCUCUCACGAUCAACUACUUCGUCGGCAAACGUGAGAACGAGAGGCUCGCGUUAGCUUGGGCGGCUAAAUUCGCUUCCAAGGAUACAAUAUUCCAGAAGAAUUUCAGUUUGUUAGGAGUUAGUGAAGGAGAGGAUUCGCCAUUGUUGUUGAAAGAAUCGUUGAAUGUGUUCAAAUUCUACGCCAGUGGUCGUAAGUAUUGCCAUGGAUUGUUAGCUACCAUGGAGCUUAAGAGCAGACACGAUCUCAUCUCUAGGCUUUUUAAUUUGGUGGUUCCUUGUAAAGAUGAGAUUACUUUUGAGGUUUAUAUGAAUGAAGAAACUAUGGAUCAGGUUGUGUUGGCUGUUGUGAGGAAGAAGGCUGUGAAGACGAUGAUAAAGGAGACGAAGGAUUUGCGGAGAUCUGCUUUGAUUCUUCCUUUUGGGAGGAAAUGGGUGUCAGAGGAGUUAGCUGUGAUCUCUGAAUCCAAGGAAGUAGCUGCUAAUAUGAUCACUGACUCUGUGCUUGAUCUGGUUUUUGGUGACAAUGCUGUGGAUAAGUAUGGGAAGAAUUUCAUCUCGAUGCAUAUAUCUGACCAACACCCUGGCAAGCACAAGAAGAUGCUGCUUUUCAAGUUUUCCUUACCCGAUGCUAAACAUAUGGAUGAUAUCGUCCGGUUGGUGUUGCUAAUUCCAUAUUACAUCGAAUUAGUAGGACGAUACAGACUCAGCUCCCAGGCGCGGAUCAAAACUGAGAGUGGUAGGCAAAAGGCAGCAGAGGAAGCAUACAAGGAACUUCACAACGCCAGGCAAGAGGCAUUGCAGAAGAAAAAAGCAGAAAAGAAGAAGAUGAUGGAGGAAGCGGAAGCAAAGCUGAGUGCAGAAGUGAUAAGGAAGAAAGAGGAAAAAGAAAGAGCAAGGCAGGUGAAAAAGGCAAUGCCGAAAAUGAAGAUGAGCCGUAGUCACUAGCUAAAAGCUUAUCAAAGAGAGCCAUCCAAAAUUUAUUCGUCAAAAUCACUCUCACAAACUCAAAAAUCAUAGAAAACAUGGUCAUGUGUUUUACUCAUUGGCUCCUUUUGAUUCAUUUGUCUUGCUUCUCCCUUAAAGUACCAUUUUGUUUUACUGAUAAUGGAGUUUUUUGAUGUUGAGCUGGAAAGUCCUGGGAGAGCUUUGUAUAUAAUUGACAACGAAUGGCUUAUUAGGCUUAUCUCAAUUCUCAA